AUGGGGGAUCGACUUUAUGAGAACCAGUUCACAUGGGUGAUUAAUAAUUUCUCUUCUUUGCAAUAUGAUGAGAAGAUAUAUUCUGAUGUAUUCGUGAUCGAUGGAUGUAAUUGGCGUGUUGUGGCGACUUUAAAGGGAAAUAAAUAUGAUGAGUCUCUGUAUCUGUCUCUGGCGGUCCCUGAUGCUGAGUCUUUGCCUUUUGGAUGGAGAAGACGCGCAGAGUUUUCUUUUACUAUAAGGUCUUUUGAUUACAAUACUCCUGAACGUGGUUGUGCAUCCAGUAUUCCCCUUGGAAAACUUGAUGCCAAAUAUUGUGGACUUAUAUUUGAUGAACAAGUCAAGAUUUUUGGAGAGCUUGAUGUUCUUGAAGUUAUCUGCAAGUCUGAACCUAUCAGCAUUGAACUCCAUGGGUAUGUUCAAUCUUCAUCGGUAUUCUAA